AUGACAGCUGAAAAGACUAUUCCCAUGAUUAAUGGCAAGCCAGAAGAUGUUUUGGACCCAGAAGCCUCCAGUACCAACCUUGUCCACAGCAAUGAUAAGAAGGUUCACGAAAGAGGUCACUGGAACAAUAAGGUUGAAUUUGUGCUUUCUGUGGCAGGGGAGAUUAUUGGACUGGGAAAUGUAUGGAGAUUCCCAUAUCUUUGCUACAAGAACGGAGGAGGUGCUUUCCUCAUCCCGUAUGUGGUUUUCUUUAUUUGCUGUGGAAUACCAGUAUUUUUCCUGGAAACGGCCUUGGGACAGUUUACUAGUGAAGGUGGUAUUACAUGCUGGAGGAAAGUUUGCCCUCUAUUUGAAGGCAUUGGAUAUGCUACCCAAGUUAUAGAGGCACAUUUAAAUGUAUAUUACAUCAUCAUUUUAGCGUGGGCUAUCUUCUAUCUGUUUAACUGCUUUACUACAGAACUUCCUUGGGCUACCUGUGGGCAUGAAUGGAAUACAGAAAACUGUGUGGAAUUUCAAAAACUUAAUAUGAGCAACUGCAGUCAAGUCUCUUUACAAAAUGCCACUUCUCCAGUCAUGGAAUUCUGGGAACGCAGGGUUCUAGCUAUAUCUGAUGGAAUUGAACAUAUUGGGAAUCUUCGCUGGGAACUUGCAUUAUGCCUUCUCGCCGCUUGGACUAUCUGCUAUUUUUGCAUUUGGAAAGGAACAAAGUCAACAGGAAAGGUUGUAUAUGUAACAGCCACGUUUCCCUAUAUCAUGCUGAUGAUUCUUCUAAUUCGUGGAGUAACAUUACCAGGUGCUUCUGAGGGGAUAAAAUUCUACUUGUACCCUGACCUUUCUCGACUGUCUGACCCACAGGUAUGGGUGGAUGCUGGUACACAGAUAUUUUUUUCUUACGCGAUCUGCUUGGGCUGCUUGACGGCUUUGGGAAGUUACAACAACUAUAAUAAUAACUGCUACAGAGACUGCAUCAUGCUCUGCUGCUUGAACAGUGGCACAAGCUUUGUUGCUGGUUUUGCUAUCUUUUCAGUUCUUGGAUUUAUGGCUUAUGAACAAGGAGUGCCCAUUGCAGAAGUCGCGGAAUCAGGACCAGGACUUGCAUUCAUUGCUUACCCUAAAGCUGUUACCAUGAUGCCUCUUUCUCCUUUGUGGGCAGCUCUGUUCUUCAUGAUGCUCAUAUUCCUUGGGUUAGAUAGUCAGUUUGUGUGUGUCGAAAGCCUUGUGACGGCUGUUGUAGAUAUGUACCCAAAGAUUUUCCGAAGGGGCUAUAGAAGAGAACUGUUGAUUCUCGGCCUUUCUAUUGUGUCAUACUUCAUUGGCCUAAUAAUGUUAACUGAGGGCGGGAUGUACGUCUUUCAGUUAUUUGACUCUUAUGCAGCUAGUGGCAUGUGCCUUCUCUUUGUUGCCAUAUUUGAAUGUGUCUGCAUAGGCUGGGUUUAUGGUAGCAGUCGCUUUUAUGAUAACAUUGAAGAUAUGAUUGGGUACAAACCGCUGUCAUUGAUUAAAUGGUGCUGGAUGGUCUUAACUCCAGGUAUUUGUGCAGGAAUCUUCAUCUUUUUCCUGGUGAAAUACAAGCCUUUGAAAUAUAAUAAUAUAUAUACGUACCCUGACUGGGGCUAUGGCAUAGGGUGGAUGAUGGCGCUCUCUUCCAUGAUCUGUAUCCCCUUGUGGAUCUGCAUUAAGCUCUGGAAGGCAGAAGGCACUUUUAUAGAGAAAUUCAGGAAGUUGAUUACACCUAGCUCAGAUCUGAAAAUGAGAGGGAAACUUGGAGGAGGAGCCUACAUUGCGGCAAUAAACGACUGCGAUGCCAAACUGAAAGGAGAUGGCACCAUUUCAGCCAUUACAGAAAAGGAGACACAUUUCUGA